AGCAGGAAGCACGUGCGGCCGCGGGCGGCCGGCUGUCUCCGCGCCAAAGGAAGUGUGUCUGCCGCAUUGCUAACCAUGGAAGAAGGUUGAGCCUGAUGUCCCCGUGUCGGAGCUGAGCGUUAUAAAUGGGUGGCAGGAGGUUUUUGUCUGUCAGUUGAAGAAGACCCCAAGUUGUCUUAAGGCUGAAGCUCCUGGCAGAUUCCUAUGGGUACCUUGCUGCUCAGAAAGAUGUGGGUGGCAGUUCUCCAAAACCCCCGCCUUGGGUGUCUCUUCGCCCUCAUGGUCCUGCAGCUGCCCAAGCUGAAUACAGGUCACUUUGAGGUCCUCGGGCCCUCGCAGCCCAUCCUUGCCUUAGUAGGUGAAGACUCAGAGCUGCCUUGUCACCUCUCACCCAGUGUGAGUGCGGAGCAGAUGGAGCUGCGCUGGUUCCGGAAUACAUUCUCGCCUGCGGUGUUGGUCUACCAUGAAGGCCGAGAGCUGAAGGAAGAGCAGAUGCCUGAGUACCGAGGGCGGGCGAUGCUAGUGCAGGACAACAUCACUUUGGGGCAGGUUGCUCUGAAGAUACAGCAGGUCAGGACCUCUGAUGAAGGGGUGUAUGGGUGCUCCUUUAGAGAUAAACAAGCUCAUGGAGAAGCCUUCGUCUCUCUGAAAGUAGCUGCUAUGGGUUCUGACCCUCACAUUAGUAUGAAAAUUAAAGAGAAUGGAGAGAUGGAGCUGGAGUGCACCUCCUCGGGAUGGUACCCAGAGCCUCAGGUGCGGUGGAGAACUGCCAACAGAAAGAAGUUACAAUCCAUUUCAGAGUCCAGGAAUCGUGAUGAGGACGGCCUGUUCACUGUGGCAGCUUCAGUGAUCAUCACAGACAGCUCCAUAAAGAGUGUGUCCUGCUGCAUCCAGAAUCUCCUCCUUGGCCAGGAGAAGGAAGUAGAGAUCUCUACACCAGUUGUUACAGGACUGUCCUCCUUAGUCUGGAUUGCCAUGGCAGCAGCAUUCCUGGUGUUUGUGGUAUAUUUGGCUUUGACAAGAAAGAGGAAGAAACAUGUCACAGCUGGUCCUCUAGAAUGGAGAUUGGCCCGGUUACAUGCAGUUGGUGUGACCCUGGAUGAGAACACGGCCCACCCCCACCUUGUCGUGAGCAACGAUUCAAAAUCCAUUUACCUAGCAGACUCCCGUCAGACAUUGCCUGAUACACCAGAGAGAUUUGACACCUGGCCCUGUGUGUUAGGCCGUGAGACCUUUAACACAGGGAGACAUUACUGGGAGGUGGAGGUGGCAGGUAGGACUGACUGGCUGGUGGGGGUGUGUAGGGAGGACGUCCUGAAGAAAGGAUUCAUCCUCAUGUCUCCCAGGAACGGUUUCUGGGUCAUGGAGUUGUCUCAAGAGGAGUACUGGGCUCUGAAACCCCCUCGGGUCCUUCUCUCUCUGCCAGAAGCUCCUGGUCAGAUUGGGAUUUUCCUGGACUAUAAUUUAGGAAUCGUCUCCUUCUACAAUACCAGUAGUGAAUCCCAUAUAUAUACUUUCCAAGAAGGUCCUUUUUCUGGCCCUGUCCGUCCUUUAUUCUGUUUGUGGUCUUGUGGUGGGAAUCCCCUGACCAUCCGUCCAGUGGCUGCUCAGUCUGAAGCGCCCUGAGUAGUGGUUGACAACACAGGCCAUCAUCCCCUUAAGCAGCCUUAUCCUCUCCUGUCUCCUUCUCCUGAGGCUAAGGCUGUCACUUGUCAUCUAGUCCCUCAGUGACUUCUUUUGGACGGAAACUGGGGGAAACUGGAUUGCCAGAUUGUGGGUGACUUCGUAAUGAGCUUUAGGCCAGCAGUACAUCAGGAGUUUGGGAACACAGUCUGAGGACACCGUGAUAAGUGAGUUAGUAAGAGUGUGACAGGAAACAGCUUCUUGUCCUGGAGAAGAGAGAGGUCACAGAAUGACCGCAGGGAAAGCCAUAGGCAGGGCCUAGAGAGUGCGGUGAAAGUCGACCAAGGGUUCAUUGACACGGCACCUGGGAGGUCUGCGGAUGAAUGCUCUUGUCUUGAGUUCCACAUCCAACAAGGUAGCAGACUCCAGCUCUCCUCUAGGUUCUGUUGGACAGGCUAACAGAAGGAGAUUGCAAAAUUCAGGAGGGCUUUUCCCCUGCCACCGCCGAAUGCGCGGAGGCAGAGGCUUGGGUGCGUUCAAGAUUCGGCCUCACCCGUAAUCCACUGCCAUGGCCGAGGAAGGCAUUGCUGCUGGAGGGGUAAUGGACAUGCUGAAGACCGCCCUCAUCCACGAUGGCCUAGCACGUGGCAUCCGAGAAGCUGCCAAAGCCUUCCACAAGCGCCAAGCCGGUCUCUGCGUGCUCGCAUCCCAUUGUGAUGAGCCUAUGUACGUCAAGUUGGAGGAGGCACUUCGUGCUGAGCACCAGAUCAACCUAAUUAAGGUUGAUGGACAAGAAACGAGGGGAAUGGGUAGGCCUCUGUAAAACCGAUAGAGAGGGGAAGCCAUGGAGGGUGGUUGGUUGAGCUGUGUAGUGAGUGGUUAAGGUCUACAGCAAAGACUCUCAGGCCAAGGAUGUCAUUGAAGAGUACAUCAAAUGCAAGAAAUGAAGAAAUAAAAAUUUUGGCUCAAA